AUGGAGCUCACCACCGCUCGUUUCCACGAUUCAGUGACACAGUUUAAACUCUACGAAGAUUAUCUCGACUCCAAAGUCACGCCAAUGGACUUGUUUUACUUAAACAGCAGGGAGUUGGCCCGCAAGCUGGUGGAGCACGGCCACAAGGGCACAGUCCUGAGCAGGGAGGAAUUUGAGGAGAAGAAGGCAGCUGCACAGGCUACACAGGCUGCAGAGGCUGCGAAGAGCAACACUUUGUACAGCAGGAGCCGACCAAUGACACUGGCAAGUGCAGGAAAAGAACUCAAAGAUAACUUCCUGAAAGCCCUGGCAGAGCGAGAGGAGGCCAACCGCAGUGGGAAAAUGACUUCGGUCAUUUUCAUAAGGGAUCAUAAUCCUCUUGGACAGGAAGUAUCUGGCUAUAUAGACUACGCCCACAGACUCAAGACCCAAGAUUUUGAACCAUAUUUCAGCGGAAAGAAGAGACUCAUGCCAGGACGCUCAGAUUUAUGCUACUACAACUGGAAGACACAGGUGUCCACGUCCAACCCCAGCCCCAACUUUGAGGUGAUUUAUGACGACCCCAACGGCCUUCUCUUCAAGAACAAGAGGGACAAAAAGAUCCUGAAUGUGGACCCUGUGUCUGGUCCCGGCGAGGACUCCAAGAGGACAUUCCUACAGUCGGACCUCUACAUCCAUGUCGUCAUCUACGACCACAACAUCAGGACGGUCUGAGCUUCAGAGGCCGCUGCCGACACAUUCGUACAUAUGGCACUUAUUGGAGCGCACUGGAAGCCUCUAAUUUGACUGAGAGCUGCAGUCAUUUACAAACUGGUGCCCUCGUAUCAUGCGUGCCAUCUGGGUGGAGGUGCCGCAGUGAAAACUUUAAACUGAGGAUUCCCAGAGGACGAAGCGGAUGGACUAAUGUGCAAAUAACCUGAGAUUUUACUUUGUACUUCAGAUUUUGUGGCAUUACCCUCGGAUGAGGGUAACAUUCUUUAAAGCCUUUUUUUUAUGCUGCUCUUAUAAAAAC